UACCUUAGUCUACCGAUUGUGGCAUUGCUCUUAAUAGCCUUUUAUCAUUUAUCACGACUUCAAGUCAAUCAAAUUCUUUCAAAAAAGCAACCCGAUCUUUCUCCUUCCCCUCCCUCCAGAACCUUCCGACGCUUCAACUCUCUCUACCAUGGCGUCCGAUCUCGAAGCCAAGGCCAAGGAAGCCUUUAUCGACGACCACUUCGAACUUUCCGUCGACCUCUACACUCAGGCUAUUGCUCUCAGUCCCAAGAAAUCCGAGCUUUAUGUUGACCGCGCUCAGGCCAACAUCAAACUCGGCCAUUACACUGAGACUGUUGCGGAUGCUAACAAAGCAAUUGAACUUGACCCUUCAAAUUCAAAAGCAUACUUGCGUAAAGGCACUGCAUGUAUGAAGCUUGAGGAGUAUCAAACAGCAAAGGCUGCUUUGGAGACAGGCUCUGCUUUAGCCCCAGGAGAUUCAAGAUUCACGAAUUUAAUAAAAGAAUGUGAAAAACUCAUUGCUGAGGAAAUGGGCGAUCUUACACAGGAAUCUGUGGAAAAUGAUGUUCAGGAAACUGUUAAAUCAAGUGCUGACAUUGUACCCGUGAGUGAUCAACUGCAUCAAGCGACAAUAGAAGUCAAACCAAAAUUCAGGCACGAAUAUUAUCAGAAACCAGAAGAAGUAGUUGUGACCAUAUUUGCUAAGGGUAUACCAGCUGAAAAUGUUGCUGUUCAGUUUGGUGAACAAAUUCUAAGUGUUACUAUUGAUCUUCCUGGUGAAGAUGCAUAUUGUUUUCAGGCUCGUUUAUUUGGGAAGAUAAUACGUGAGAAGUGCAAAUUUUUUGUGUUAUCAACGAAAAUUGAAAUUCGUCUUGUGAAAGCUGAGCAAAUACACUGGACGUCUCUGGAAUUCUCCAAGGAGAACAGAAUUAUCCCGAGUAUUAGUGUCCCCUCUAGUGGAUCGCAGAGACCUUCCUACCCCUCCUCUAAGCCAAGAAGAGAUUGGGAUAAGAUUGAAGCUGAAGUGAAAAAGGAGGAGAAAGACGAAAAACUAGAAGGCGAUGCGGCAUUGAACAAGUUUUUCCGAGACAUAUACGGAGAUGCUGAUGAGGAUACAAAAAGGGCCAUGGAAAAAUCAUUUGUGGAAUCAAACGGCACGGUCCUGUCGACAAAUUGGAAGGAAGUGGGAUCAAAGAAGGUUGAAGGUAGCCCUCCAGAUGGUAUGGAAUUGAAGAAAUGGUAGGAUCUGAUCUGUUCUAGAGCUUUUUCCCUGUGGUUGGAUUUGGUUCAAGUUUGAAAAGUUCUUGUGGAAAUAUUUCCAUUUUUUCGUCAUUUUGUAGGCAGCUGAGUCACCAUCAGUCUCCUUUUGUUUCUGCUCGAUUUUUCUACUAUUUCUGUAAAACCAGUUAUUUGCUUAUUCUUCUGUUCUGAACUUUGUGAUUAUUGUGUUUGGAGAUUGAAUGGGUUUAAAUUAAAAAAUUGUCUACCAUGUACAUUGUAUUUCUUUUUUAGCAGAACUGAGAUUUAACGGUUUGGUUUAUCGUCAGAGAAUUUUUGUUAUGUGAA